AUGCCUUACUUGAAAUGUGUUGACGAAGAAGAAGCCAAGUACAUAUGGAAGAAAUCCACGAAGGAAUUUGCGGCGACCAUGCCGGCCCUAGGUGGACGCAGUGGAGCUCGUCAAGAAGUGCGACAAGUGCCAACGAUACAGGAAUGUCCAACGGCUUCUAGCAGAGAAACUGACGACGAUAGCCUUCCCGUGGCCAUUCGCAUGAUGGGGAAUCGACAUCGUCGGUCCAUUACCCCAAGGUUUGGAAUUCCAUUGACGAUUAUAUCAGAUAAUAGGAGGCAGUUCGACAAUGAAGGCUUUAGAGACUUCUGUUCAAAUCUAGCCAUCAAGAACCAAUUCUCAUCCUUAGGGCAUCCCCAGGCAAAUGGACAGAUAGAAGUAACGAAUCGGACACUACUCAAGAUUAUUAAAGCCAAGCUGGAUGACGGGAAGGGUGCUUGGCCAGAAGAAUUGCCUAAUGUCCUGUGA